AUGGCAACGCGAUUUAAGAAGAACAGGAAAAAGAGAGGACACGUGUCCGCCGGUCAUGGUCGUAUUGGCAAGCACAGAAAGCACCCCGGUGGAAGAGGAAAGGCUGGUGGUAUGCACCACAUGAGAAUCAAUUUCGACAAGUAUCACCCAGGUUACUUUGGAAAGGUCGGAAUGAGACACUUCAACCUCCUCAAAAACCGCAAGUUCUGUCCCACCAUAAACGUGGACAAACUGUGGGGACUCCUACCAGAGGAAAAGAAAAAAGAAUUUUUCGAAAAUAAAAACAUUGCCCCAGUGAUAGACGUCACCAGAAAGGGCUUCUUCAAGGUUCUUGGAAAUGGAAAGCUCAAGCACAAUCAGCCCAUUGUCGUUAAGGCCAGAUACUUUUCCUCUGUGGCCGAGAAAAAAAUUAAGGCUGUUGGGGGCCAAUGCGUACUAGUAGCCUAA